AUGCAUCUCUCACCCCUCAACAUGCAUCUCUCACCCCUCAACAUGCAUCUCUCACCCCUCAACAUGCAUCACUCACCCCUCAACAUGCAUCACUCACCCCUCAACAUGCAUCACUCACCCUCAACAUGCAUCUCUCACCCUCAACAUGCAUCACUCACCCCUCAACAUGCAUCUCUCACCCCUCAACAUGCAUCACGCACCCCUCAACAUGCAUCACUCACCCCUCAACAUGCAUCUCUCACCCUCAACAUGCAUCACUCACCCCUCAACAUGCAUCUCUCACCCCUCAACAUGCAUCUCUCACCCCUCAACAUGCAUCACUCACCCCUCAACAUGCAUCUCUCACCCCUCAACAUGCAUCUCUCACCCCUCAACAUGCAUCACUCACCCCUCAACAUGCAUCUCUCACCCCUCAACAUGCAUCACUCACCCCUCAACAUGCAUCUCUCACCCCUCAACAUGCAUCACUCACCCUCAACAUGCCUCUCUCACCCCUCAACAUGCAUCACUCACCCCUUAACAUGCAUCUCUCACCCCUCAACAUGCAUCUCUCACCCCUCAACAUGCAUCUCUCACCCUCAACAUGCAUCUCACCCCCUCAAUAUGCCUCUCUCACCCCUCAACAUUCAUCACUCACCCCUCAACAUGCAUCUCUCACCCCUCAACAUGCAUCUCUCACCCCUCAACAUGCCUCUCUCACCCCUCAACAUGCAUCACUCACCCCUCAACAUGCAUCUCUCACCCCUCAACAUGCAUCACUCACCCCUCAACAUGCAUCACUCACCCCUCAACAUGCAUCUCUCACCCCUCAACAUGCAUCACUCACCCCUCAACAUGCAUCACUCACCCCUCAACAUGCAUCUCUCACCCCUCAACACAUGCAUCACUCACCCCUCAAAUGCAUCUCUCACCCUCAACAUGCAUCUCUCACCCCUCAACAUGCAUCUCUCACCCCUCAACAUGCAUCACUCACCCCCUCAACAUCCAUCACUCACCCUCAACAUGCAUCACUCACCCCUCAACAUGCAUCACUCACCCCUCAACAUGCAUCACUCACCCCUCAACAUGCAUCACUCACCCUCAACAUGCAUCACUCACCCUCACAACAUGCAUCUCUCACCCCUCAACAUGCAUCUCUCACCCCUCAACAUGCCUCUCUCACCCCUCAACAUGCAUCACUCACCCCUCAACAUGCAUCUCUCACCCCUCAACAUGCAUCACUCACCCCUCAACAUGCAUCUCUCACCCUCAACAUGCAUCACUCACCCCUCAACAUGCAUCACUCACCCCUCAACAUGCAUCUCUCACCCCUCAACAUGCAUCACUCACCCCUCAACAUGCAUCUCUCACCCCAUUCUCCCCCCCCGCCCCUCCCCACUCCCCUUCCCCCCUCCCCUCCCACUCUCCUCUUCCCUCCCGUCCCCCCUCCCCUCCCUCUGGGCUACGUUGGAAAAUACGAGUAUCGAGUAUAAUACGCUAGCGUAUUAUACGCUGGGUAUAUACGCGGUACGCCAUGGCUGGCGUACUGCUGAUACGCAAAAAUACGCUGGGCGGGCAGAUAUAAAACUUUUUCCCGGGCAGGUUCCGCCCUCGAACUGUAGGGAGUAG